UCUCUUCCGUUCUUGUCCCUUCACGGUUCCCAGAUCCAGGGUUUUUUUAUAUACCCAUCCCCGACCCCUUCUUCUCCCAAUUUUUUUUUUUUAUUUUUUUUUUAUUUUUUCGUUUUUGUUUUUUUUUUUUCAAUUUUACACAGACAACUCGCUCUCUCUCAGUCGCAGAAUCCAGUUUCUCUAUCUCUAUACAACGCUUGUCGACGUCAAAGAAUGGGUGAAGUCAGGGACAACGAUGCAUAUGAAGAAGAGCUCGUUGACUACGAGGAGGAAGACCAAAAUGCCCCCAACUCUCUCUCCGCCAAGCCUUCUGGCGAAUCCGUAAAAAAGGGCUAUGUUGGCAUACACAGUUCGGGAUUCAGAGACUUCCUUUUGAAACCGGAGCUUCUUCGAGCCAUUGUAGACUCGGGAUUUGAACAUCCUUCAGAAGUGCAACACGAGUGCAUCCCUCAAGCUAUUUUAGGAAUGGAUGUCAUAUGUCAAGCUAAAUCUGGGAUGGGGAAAACUGCUGUCUUUGUUCUGUCAACUCUUCAGCAGAUAGAACCAAUUGCUGGUCAGGUUGCUGCUUUAGUUCUUUGCCACACAAGAGAGUUGGCUUACCAGAUUUGUCAUGAAUUUGAGAGAUUUCGCACUUAUUUGCCCGACCUGAAGGUUGCAGUAUUCUAUGGUGGUGUCAACAUCAAGGUUCACAAGGAUUUGCUGAAAAAUGAAUGUCCACAUAUUGUUGUUGGGACUCCUGGGAGAGUGUUGGCUCUUGCAAGAGAUAAAGAACUUGGAUUAAAGAAUGUGAGACAUUUUAUUCUUGAUGAAUGCGACAAAAUGCUUGAAUCACUGGAUAUGAGGAGAGAUGUCCAAGAGAUUUUCAAGAUGACUCCUCAUGAUAAGCAAGUGAUGAUGUUUUCAGCAACACUCAGCAAAGAGAUCCGCCCUGUUUGCAAGAAAUUUAUGCAGGAUCCUAUGAAAAUUUACGUAGAUGAUGAGGCCAAGUUGACUCUUCAUGGUCUUGUACAGCACUACAUUAAAUUAAGUGAAGGAGAGAAAAACCGCAAAUUGACUGAUCUUCUUGAUGCGUUGGAUUUCAACCAAGUUGUUAUCUUUGUGAAAAGUGUUAGCAGAGCUGCUGAGUUGAACAAACUACUUGCUGAUAGCAACUUCCCCUCUAUAUGUAUCCAUUCUGGAAUGUCACAGGAAGAGAGGUUGAAACGUUAUAAGGGCUUCAAGGAGGGGCAUUCAAGAAUUCUUGUAGCAACAGAUUUAGUUGGAAGGGGCAUUGACAUUGAACGUGUUAACAUUGUUAUUAACUAUGACAUGCCCGAUUCUGCCGAUACCUACCUGCACAGGGUGGGCAGAGCUGGCAGGUUUGGGACCAAGGGACUUGCAAUUACAUUUGUGUCAUCAGCAUCUGACUCUGAAGUUCUUAAUCAGGUUCAGUCAAGGUUUGAGGUGGAUAUAAAGGCGCUUCCAGAUCAAAUUGAUACUUCAACAUAUAUGCAAGCUUGAUGUGCCAUUUCAUCAACGAGGAAGCUUAUGUCUAAUUCACAGCAUUGGAAUUUGCAUUUGUUUCAUCAACGAGGAAGCUAAUGGCUAAUUCAAAGCUUUGCAAUGGGCAUUUGAUCUUGGUGGCAGCAAGUUUUAGUUAUUAGCAGUGUUUCGUAAUGUAGGAUAUUAUUAUAAACAGAGUAUUUAAACUUCCCAACCAAAAUGUAGAAUGCAGUAUCAGUUUGUAACUAUUUUUGGCUUUCAUUUUUUCUUUUCAGCUAUUUAUACGAGUUCUAUCAGCAGAAUAACAUCGAGCAGCUAUGUUCUGAAUAUCCUUAAUUGGGUAUGCUAGAAGUUCUGAGCUAGUAUCGGUUCUAUACCACUCUGAUAUUUCUUUUUAUCACAA